AUGCCCGGGAAAGGGGAGGGGCAGCGGGUUUUUCCUCACCCAAGAAUCCUGGUGCCUGUUCUCGACUCAAGCCUGGUUGUCGCGGGCCAUCCGCAGCGGCAUCGCAGUUUCCCAAAGAGGGCGGUAGUGCUCAGUCUCCUAUUCGCAUGA